AUGGCCUCCGCGGGGCACCACCUCCAGCCCACGUCAUGGUGGGGAACGUCCCUGUCCCAGUGGGCCCACGUUAAAAUACCUGGGCCUCACACUGGACGGCCGCUGGUCGUUCGAGGAUCACUUUGUAGGAUUGGCCCCCCGGUUGGAGCGACUGGCCAUGUCGGUCAGCCGCAUUAUGCCCAACCUGGGGGGCCCGCACGCGAAGGCUCGCCGCCUGUACGCGGGGGCGGUCCGAUCGGUGGCCCUGUAUGGGGCACCCGUGUGGGCGGGCGAUGUGGCGGCCACCAGCCGGGCGGACAAAUCCGUCCGGCACUUCGAGAGAAGGGUGGCCGCGCGCGUAGCCCGCACAUAUCGGACCGUUUCCCACAGGGCGGCGACGGCCUUGGCCGGCACCCCCCCAUCGCCCUGCUGGCGCCCGCGUACGCCGACGCGUACGAGCGGGCGCGGCGGGCGAGGGAUCAGGGGGUCAAACUAACGGCCAAGGCCAAGGUGAUCCUCGGGCGACAAGCCCGGCAAAGGGCGCUGCUCGAAUGGCAGCGCCACCUCGCGGACCCGACCGUCACGUCGGGCCGGAGGUUUGCCGAGGCCGUCCACCCCUGUCUGGCGGAGUGGCUGGACAGGGGAUGGGGCGGGGUGACGUUCCGAAUGGCUCAGGUGCUCUCCGGACAUGGUUGUUUCGGGGAGUACCUGAGCCGUAUAGGGCGCGAGCGUGGACCGCGCUGCCAUCACUGCGGCGCGGACCGGGACACGGCGCAGCACACCUUGGAGGAGUGCCCCUCGUGGGCGGGUGAGCGCCGUGUCCUGGUCAACAGGAUCGGUGGGGACCUCUCCCUCCCGUCGGUCGUACGCGCGAUCGUCGGGAGCGAGAGGUCCUGGUGUGCGUUCGCCUCCUUCUGCGAGGAAGUCAUCUCGCGGAAGGAGGCGGCCGAGCGGGUCCGCGAGGUCGAAGACCCCGACCGGCAGCCAAGAGGCGGGGGGAGAGGACGGGGGGCUGGGCGCGCCAGGCCCGGAUGA